CAGCUGUCAUCUGUUAAUUCCCCAGGAACCCACCUACUUACAUGUGAUGAGUAAAUUAAAUUUCCAUAUAAAUACUCUAUCGUGAAUAAGACAGGAUCACAUUUGCCUCGAUUUCAUUUGCAAAUGGUAUUUUUUUUCUUGAAUGGUUAAUCAUUUAACCCAUGCAUAAUUCACCCAUUGAGUAGCAGUACUCCUCCUUGACAAGUAGAAUCAUCUGGCAUUAGAUAAAGUGACAUAACAGAGUAGGGCACGUCAGGGCGCUUUGCCACUUAAAGGGUUAGAUUGUCCAUAUAAACAAGCCAUAUAGCCCAGGAGAGUUUCCCGGCUAGGCGGGAUUAGAACAAUAUCACCACUGUUUAGAAUUAAGUUAUUUAAUUAAUUAACUUUUUAGGGCAUAAUAAACAUGGGAACAAGUGAGAAUAAGAUAAUUGCUGACAUUGUGGCGGCCAAGGUAAGUGAAGUAUUUGUGCCACAGCUAGCACUGUCAGGUACCGCACAACUGUCGAGGUAAAAAAUAAAUCAGGUGUUAUUUUUGUAUAUAUCUUUUCUCAUUGCAGUUAAAUCAGCAUAACGAAUUUAAGGAGGAACACGCACAUUAUGGUGAUUUUCGUGGUACAACAAGGUAGAUGUGAAUAUUUGCUUAUGAUUUCUGAAAUAUUAGUAUAGGUCAUCAUAUUGCCAAAACUGUACAAGCUGUCUAGUUUGGCAAACGUUUCAAACAUCACAAGGAUUUUCAAGCCUUUACUCUGUACAUGAGCAACGUCAUACGUACAGCAGGGACUAUAGAGCCUGUUUAAAAAUGUGUUUGUUGGGGGCAGAAGAGCACAUAAGGUGUCUUAAUUUAUUUGAAAUGGAAUUCGGGUGGCAUUGUAGCCCUGGCUUGGGGUGAAGCCCCAGCUGGUAUUGAUUUCCAUGUAUCUGAGGAUCUGAGGAGCCAUUGUUGUGAUACAGUAUAUAAAGCAAAUUUAAACCGUAUUAUAUAUUUGCCAAUCGCAUUGAGUUCAGUAUGUAGAACAAUUAACUAAGAUGUCUCAUUCAGUACAGUAAGUGUCAUUUUAUGGUACCUGUACACUUGUUCGUUGGUCUAAUUAGGACUUCACAGAGACAUUCUCAACAGAGACAUUUUCUUUGGAAGGUUCUUAAUUUGAAAAAUCUGUUUCAAGGGCACUUGAAAAGCGCUUGAAAAGCACUUGAAAAUAUAAAGUCUGUUUGAAAACCUUGUGCUUGAAAAUUACACAAAUAUUAAUUAAAAUCUAAAAUGUAUAUCUAAUCUGAAAUUUCCAUAAUUUUAUCAUGCAAAUAAUGUUACAUGAGACCCAUCUACACGAUACGACUAGUCAUAUACGAUUCUUAUCCUGUCUUAUACUCGAAUAAAUGCGUGUAAAGAUGUCACAUAUAUGAGAUUUUACCAUAAACUGCAUGAUCAAUUCCAUGUGCAGCCCCCUAUUUUUAUGGAUUUUACCUUAGCAACAAGACUCUUGUAUGGUUUAAGCGAUUCUUUUUAGGGAAUUGUAAGUUUUAACGAUUUCUAAAGGAAUUUUAGAGAUUCCAAGAGCGACCUUGCUAUGAACCAUUUAGACAAAUUUAUGUAGUUUAUGCAUGUCUGUUUUUAUACAGUCAAUUUUAUUAUAUACCAACAGUCAAACUCAAAGUCCCCUUUUUCUGGUGUUUUAUUGGUCGAGAGCAUAUCACGUGAGAGUGACGAAAUUAGGCUGUCUCCCUCGCAACAGUGCGAGAGGGAGAUAAUAGUUAUCGACCGGCGAGUAACGAAAAAAAUCACGUGCGUCAUUACGUGAAAAUGCAACCUUUGGACAUGCCUAGUACACAGUCACGUAGAAACGCAACAAGUUGUUACAAGUCUGCAAACAAGUUGUUAUAAAUCUGUUUACAAGCUGACAACAAGUUGUCUUCGCACUGCUUGUUCCCAUACAUCGCACUGCUUGUUUUUUGUUGUAACAAGUUUGCAACAAGCUGUCAACAACUUGUAACAAGCUUGAUGGCAUUGUCAGACUUGUCACAAGGUAAGUCUGAUACAGUCAUGAUAAACAAGAAUGUUACAAGGGGACGACACAAGGUUGUAACAAUACCGCUAUAUCAUGACUGUAACGGACUUGUUGGAACAACCUUGUAACAUAUUUUAAAUUAAACCUGAUAUGGACCCUCAACUGUCGAUCAGGGUUCGUACGGGUCCUGCAUGGGAAACCUGCGUGAAAGUCAUGGAAUUUCGAUAUUCCAAAAUCCAGGCCUGGAAAUCCUGGAAAAUUAAUUUUAGUCAUGGAAAGUCAUGAAAAAUUGAAAUUUUGCAUAACAUUAACAAAGUAUUUUACUAAAUCCUGCCGUUUCCCCUUUGGGCACGUCUGAGUUUAAUUGUAGUAGCACCAAUUUUAGAUAAAAAUCACACAGAAAGGGCUUUUAAUUGACGAAUGAAAGGUUUGGAACAACGUUAAAAACCAUUGUUAUCGGGAAUUGCAUGUACAGGACUCCAUUGUACAUAAUUUAUAAACAUAUCCACUUGUCCUAACAAAAUUCCGUAUUUCAACAUCAGUGAUCAUUUAUGGAUAAAAAGUGAGGAGAGCCAUGGUCCCAUCAACCCCCAUGCUCUUUGGUCGCUGCGUGAUUGCUUGUUUGAUACUUAUUGUAUUCAUUUACAAAUACAAUAUUGACAUUGAAAUUUUAUUUGAUAAAUUUCCUGAGAUUGUGAAAAAUUAAAAAAAUUUGCACUCUUGUUGAGCUGGGAUUUUGAAUGAUUUGAAUUGAUCCCCCAGGCCCAAUCUUGUAGCGGAGUACAAUUACAAUAAAGUAAUUGUACUCCUAGCUCUCAACCAAUCAGAAUUCAGUAAUUUUGUCAUGGAAUUUGAAAUGUUAUUUGAUAACCCUCGCCGUUCGCUCAUUUCCCAGCCCUGUUGCUCGAUGAUCGAUUAUAUAGGAGAGUUGAAACUCAAACAUCUCAUGAAAAUUUUCAGUACAAAAAAAGAGAAUCGUUUUGGUUGAAUUCGUGACGUAAAAAGUACUUUUUCUGCUGAAAAACUGGCAAUGUAUGAAAAAACCCGAAAAUAGUACAUUCGAUUUAUCUCACAAUACAAGACAUACAGUAGCACAAGCAACAAUGAUGCAACCGACGUUUCGUUUCCGUUAAUUAUAAGUAACGUCCAGCGUGUAUUACAUGUAUACUGUAACUACAAUUUUGCUUUGGCAAUUCCCAACGGUCUGUGCAGCCGAAACGUUCUUGGAUUCAUGGAUUUCUUGAACUGCCUGUGCCAGUGUAAGUAGAGGGUUUAAGUUCGAAUACCGAUACCGAUGUUUUCACUUCCGUUCUCAUUUUGAUACCGGGAAUUUUAAAGCGUUAAGUUAUCACGACAGAUAAAGCAUAGAACACAUUAAUCGUCAGUAUACUAAACGGCAGCUGAGCUAAAAUUCCGACUAAAACAUGACUCAGACGAUGCUAGUAAACAAAUAGCUUACAUACAUGUUUAUCGUAAAAAUUAUGAAAUAUCCGAUUUAUAUGAGUUUAUCUUACAAUUCCCCCGACUUCCAAUACAAAGCCGACUUCGGUAGUGGUGACUUUCUCGUGCUUCUUGCGAGCAGAGAGCAUGCGCAUGACAUGUUGUUAGUAUCGGUAUUGGUAUCGGAAGUCGAACUUAAACUCUCUAGUAUAUAGGGAUGCAACUACCUGAAAGAUAUAAGGGGAGUUUCGACGUUUCGGGCGAAGGCCUUGGAUUUCUGCAUGUCUCAAUUUUCCUAUUUCUUUUGUUAUUAUCAUAGGUUCCGCGAAGUUAUGGCCGCAUUUUUCGAACGUUACAUGAAGCCCUUGGAGAAAAUCGAUCCAAAUGAUGUAUGUGCUAAUGAUUUGGUUUGUGGUUUUGCAACUUGAUUUUCGUACUUACCCAUUAUUGCUGUUAUAUAAGCAUUCUGUUUUUAAAUGCACGCUGGCGUGAUCACAGAACGUAAUCUCAGAACGUUUCUACAACGACCCAAUAGGACUAGUCAGCUACUCAAGUGAGCGUAAGGGGUAGCCAAAGUGUAUCAUAUGACAAAUUGCAUGAUCCACACUUAUUUCUGUAAAAACAUAAAUGCGUGGUGUUAGGUCUACAGUGUUUGAAAUACAUUGGCACUAGCUGGUUAGUACAUGUGCCUUGCAUCUUAUUACCUCGAAACGCGAGAGUUCCAUUAUAUUUUGCAGCUAGUCUUGAAUCAAGCCAUCCUGGGGCCGAUCGUUCGAAAUCUGGUUAGCUAAAUCCUAUGUUAACGAAAAUCUUAAGAGCAAUCUUCCUAACAACUUGUUUACAAAGAUGGAAAUACUUUUCCAUGCAUAUAUCUUGUCCGAAUUAACAAAAAUUUCAUCUUCUGAGGUUUUAAAUUGCACACGGAUUUGACGUUGUACUGUACCAAACCAAAACAGCAGGUUAAAUUGUAACCCGCUAAUCCAGCUUUGAACAACCAGCCCUUGCAGGACGUAUACCUCUGGACCCUUACGACCCAAACAUUGUAGUUAGACGUCAGUUCAUAAGCCAGUCGGGAAGAAUAUCUGCCAAAAUAAUAGUGUAGAUUCGGCAUAAAGCGGCUAAACAUCUAAGGUAACUUUAUCAGUCUAUUCUCCUUGUGACUAUACUUUGCUAUCUAAAAUAAGUUGAAUACCAUGCAUGCAUAUAUGUGGGACCAAAGGCAUGCAUAUAUACCAGUGGUGCUCCUUUUGCACCAAAAAUUUCAAAUUUUGCGAAACCUGAUUCUAUCAAUUUAAAAUGAUUGUUGUGAUGAAAGAAACGGUUUAUGAUCACUUGGAGUAGUUCGAGACACAAUGGACAACAUGCAUGUUGGACUAAAUUUUUUUUAAGCAACGAGAAGGGAAUCAAACAUCACAGCUAAACAACAUGAUUAUAUUAGUAAAAUUGCAAAUUUGGUUGCGAAAUGUUGUAAAGAUUGGAAAAUAUAGCCUUGCAAAGUUUUCAAAUUUUGUAUAUGUUUGUAUUACGUGCGGAAAUUGUUACCAAUUGUUACCAUGGUAACAAUUUCCGCACGUAAUGCAAACAUAUACAAGAUAUACAAACUUCGCAAGGCUUUAUUUCCGUAUUUUACAACAUUUAGUAACCAAAUUUUGCAAUUUUACUAAUUUUAAUAAGUUCUUUACAGGAAUUUACUUUUUUUGCCUAGAUCAAAAAUUAGUCUAACAUGCAAGUUGUCUAUUGGAUCAACAGGAUGGGUUAAUACAGUAUGUGGAUUUUGGCCAUCUCAUGCACUCAUUAUAGAUCUAAUUGUAGAAUGGUUUUGUUGGCGGAAAUUUUCGAGUGUCUAUUAUAUAUAUAAAUGUGUAACAUUUACACUAAAAAAGUCCCAUCAACAAAACCCUUCUAGCCUAUACAAUUGUCAAUUGGGCCAAAUGUACUGUAUGUGUGCCUGCAUGUAGUCCCCACUUGCACCAAAUAUUAAUGGCAAGUUUUGCGUUGAUAUAAAAUUGCAGUUGAAUGGACAAAAUCGGCUAUACUUUUGUUAAUACAGAAUGUAAGCAUGACUGAAUAACUUACAACUCCUAUACUUAAUCUUUCCUAUCCUAUAUUGCUUAGUUAAAUUUAAUAUUAAAAUAUUUAUUGUCUUGUUUGUUUUUAUAGGUAGUUGUCUUUAAUGGUGGUGCAGCGUUAAUCAAAGCUCUAUCCGCGACCAUAUUCAACCCUGGAGGUUAGUCAAUCUUUUUUUUGUCAUUCCUUAAACAAUCUUUGGAGUAAAUGAUAACCACAACAACAUAUCGAGGCAACAUUAAUAAGGUAGUUGACGGAAAACAUAGUUUUUAAACGUGACAACGAUUAAUGAAAAGAUUUGUCAAAAUUUCACGUCGCAGACUGUUAUAUAAACGUCCACAUUGAGUUCAUUGGAGCUGGAUGUAUCAGAAUAGUUGACUGUACAUAAAUGACAAAAAAGCACAGUGCACUAUAUGGUUUAUGACUUCCUUAGCCAGCAAAUCCCGUACUACUUUUGUCACAUCUGAAGCUAUCUAUAUACAUACCAUUAUGGUGUCUGUGGUUGAUUUCUUUCUUUUGGAUGAAUUUAUCUAUUUUUUUCUUGCAUUUUCAGAGGCUAUACUCAUUCCAGCGCCGUAUUAUGGUGGAUUUGAACAAGAUCUUUUCAUUGAAAACGAAAUUAUUCGAGUUCCUGUGCAUUUGUCUAGCAAGGUUAGAAUUGUUCAUUCAUGCAUUUGCCAAAUAAGAUAUCAUUAAUAAUUCGUGAAGAAAAUUCAAAGUAAAUAAAUGUUUUAUCAAUGUCUGCAAAUCAGAUAAAGAUUUCGUCCUGCUUCACGUAAACCUUAAAUUUGGUCAGAGAACAAAACGCACAAAACCGUUAUAGUUGGUAAACAUGCAAUCCGUUGUCGACGUGUUCUACAGUUACGGUAUAUACAGUAAAUAGCGCUCAUUUUUUGUGGAUACAAAUAAUGAGCUUAUAAAAGAUAAACAAGACCUAAGAAAGGCUAGAAAACUACAGACAUUUAUAUUUUGAUAGACACCGAGCGAUAGAGAUGAACUAGGUUUAUUAUUUUUUGAGGUGGCGUUCACACCGGGCAAGUUGAGACGUUUACUUGGCGGGAUACACUGCAUUUAGCGAAACUCACGUGACCACACGCAGCCAAUCAUAUCACAUUUAGCGCUCAGCACUAGCUAUGCAUGUAUGCACCAACUUGUGAACCUAAUCUUGCUAAAUAAUUGGGAUAAUUUGCGAGUGUUUACACCAGAAAAGCUAUAGUGCUAGCCGAUAUCACUGGAUUUUUUAAAAGACUUACAUGUACUAUGGAAAUAUUAUCAAAUAGUAGUGUCAUACUAAUACUAUGGAUAUAGUGUGGACACGUACAUAUGUAUGUGCAGUUGUAGUGAUGCAAAUGUUAUAGAGUGGUUCAGAUUUGACUUCCACUAGAGGUAGCGACCUCUCACUGGCCUACUGUAGUACGCAUGUAAUUGGUUAAUCGGUUAUAUCAAAGGCAUCUGAUUGGUUAGUGGUCGCUUAAUGGUAGUGGAAGUCCAAAUCAGAACGUCUAUAUUAUUUCCAUAAUACGGACCGAAUUUUUUCCAUUGUACGAGAAUACUCAUCUGAACUUUAUUUAACUCAAAUGUUUAACUGGAAAGUGUAUCGCCGCGAUGUGUAGAAGUACAGUAGUUGCUACAUUUUAUAUGUACGUGCCGUUUAAUUAAGGCGCGGAAUUUUCUUGAAUUGCUGAAGUUAUCUUCCAGCCCAAAUUUUGUGAAGUUACAUUUUCUAUAUAGUUAUAAUUAUAAUGAGAUCUAUUCACUAGCCUCAUCCAGAAACCAACAUGCCAUUUGAACUUACCGUGAACGACCUGGAAGCAGCUCUGGCUAAGGCAAAAAAAGAGGUAAGACCAAGUAUUAUACUGUAUGUAUACUGUAUAAUCAGAUAUCCAGCUAA